UGUGUCUUCAACAAACUCUGCCAUUGUAAAGUACAAACACACAAGAGUCGACCACAUACAGUUAUAGGACCAGCAUGCCGUCGAUUCACGAGACUCCCUUUCUGUGCAAGACGUUCAUCUCGUCUUCCCCGCUAGACCUCCAUCCGGGCUUUUCGAUCGAUAGCUUGUCUCCCAAAUUGGAACAUGCCGUUUACGUAUCCCCGGAAACCACGAUCCUAAACGUCCUACAACGCCUCUGGACCACCCUCCCUCCGACGCUCAGAUCCCAUCGCGCUAGGUACAACAUCAAGAGCUUGUUCUCGCUAGACGACCGGGACCGACCGGGGUACUUGGUCUGGAAGACGAGACACUUGGCGGAUCUUUCUCAGCAGGACGUUCUUAGGGAUAAUAAGAGCGAGGAUGAACAUGGAUCGAGAUCGAAGACCCUCGGAGAUUGCAAAUUCCGUUCCAACGAUUCGCUCUACAUCACGGUCCACCUUCCACCUUCAGUCUCUGGUCCAGGACCCAACGCUCCCGGUGCCCUCUUCUCGAUCCGUGGAACCGCCGGCCGACCGGAUAACAAGACCAGUAACGGGUUCACACCUAGUGACGCAGCUGGAGGUGGAGCACCCAGGGGAGAAGGAUCAUGGAUCGACGCACGCAAGGAGCAUCCGCCCGUACCGCCCGGGGGAAACUAUUAUGGCCGGGAUCGAGGAGAACGACGUAACGGAGGAGGUGGAGGAGGUGGUGGGAGGGGCCGACCAGCACCAGGCGGAAACGAUCGGUACUUUGAUUCUAGGGAGCGAAGCAGGUCUCCCCCGCCCCGACGAGGAGGCAACGGCGCUCGUCGACCCUCGCCGUCUUAUUAAAAGAUAUCGAAUCCGGUCAAAAUGUUACACAAGCAUGGGAAAAGGGUUCCCUGGCGUGCUCAUUUGACAUCUGGCUCAUCAUUGUA